CCCACCCACCUGUAUUCACUAACUGAAUGGAAGGUUACUCUCAACAGAAAGACUGUGAUCAAAGAUACGGAACAGGAUCUGGUUCUUGUCCCUGAAUUCUAUUGGAGGCUGUUCCUCCAACCAAAGUUGAGAGAGAAUCUAUGCCUUAAAUAUCCACAUAAAAAGAUUGCAUUGGACGACACGUCCAUUGUGGUGACUGUUUCUCGGCGU